AUGGCAUGGAAUCUACUCUACAAUGAGUACCACGGUGGUGAUCAGGUCAGAUCUGUAAAACUUCAGAAUCUUAUACGAGAAUUUGAGUAUACGAGAAUGCGUGAAGGUGAACAACUAUCUACAUAUCUUACUCGAUUAAAUGAAUUGAUAAAUAAAAUGAAAACGUUUGGAGAAGUGUUAUCAAACGAGAGGUUGGUUCAAAAGGUGUUAAUCAGCCUUAAUAAAGUGUAUGACCUCAUCUGCUUGGUGAUUGAAAAUACAAAGAGUUUGGAAACUAUUGAAUUGCAGGAGGUUAUUGCAAUACUGAAGAGCCAAGAGCAACGUUUUGACAUGCAUUGUGUGGACACAGCUGAGAAGGCAUUUGGCUCUUUCUUAGUCAAUACAAAAGGGCAGAACAAGAAUAGUACACAAAUUGGUUCUACUAAGUCUAAGAACAAUUGGAAGCCUAACAACAAACCAUGGGAGUCUAGACUUAAGCCACAACAAGUUGGAGCUGCACAGAGCUCAAAUGGAUCACAAUAUGUGCAUCAAGAUGAAGUGAAGCCUCAAUGCAAAGUAUGCUCUAAAUUUCAUUUUGGAGAAUGUCGAUAUAAGGAUAAGAGUGCAAAUGGGGAGUGGUAUGUAGACAGUGGUUGCAUUAACCAUAUGAUUGGGAACAAGAAGCUGUUAAUUGACAUAAAUACUAGUGUAACAAGAAAGGUGCAAAUGCCAUCAGGGGAGAUUGUAAGUAUAGCUGGUAUAGGUACCUUAGUAUUUGACACAAACCCUGGUACAAAGUAUAUCAGAGAAGUCAUGUAUUUGCCUGGUUUGAAAGAAAAUCUGUUGAGUGUAGGCCAAAUGGAUGAACAUGGUUAUCAUUUGGUUUUUGGAAGCAACAUGUGCAGUAUCUAUGAUGGUUCUUCACUGGAGAAUCUCAUCAUGAAGGUGGCAAUGAGGAAGAAUAGGUGUUAUCCAUUGUCAUUAUCCUCAAAUGACUAUGUUGCCCUGAGGGCCAGUGUAUCUAAUUCUACCUGGUUUUGGCAUAGAAGGAUAGGACAUUUGCAUCUGACAGGAGUACAUCUGCUUAAGGAGAAAGAGAUGGUACAUGGUUUGCCACAAUUGGAGGAUGUAAAUGAAGUGUGUGGAGGCUGUCAACUGGGAAAGCAACACAGAGAGUGGUUUCCAAAGGAUCAAGCAUGGAGAGCAAGUAACACCACUUGA